GCCGCAGCGGCCGCAGCUCCGGGCGUGAUGUCCGGCCUCAUCAGCACCGUGGUGUCCCUGGCCACCCGCUGCCUGUGCGGCCGCGGCGGCUCCAUGCCGCUGCAGCAGCUGCUGCAACAUCUGCAGCAGCGCUGCACCCUCUCCGAACCAGAGUUCCUCUACGUCCUCCGGGGCUGUGAACGGUUCCUGCUGGUCCCGGGACCCGGACCCGGAGCACCCGGGGCCGGGGAGGUCACGGUGGUGGCCCGCACCUCCCUGCGGAUCUGCCCCAGCUACAAGCGGGAGCAGCCGUGCUGCGGCUGCCGCCAGCUGCACCUCUGCAAGCACUUCGUCUACGGAACCUGCAGGUUCGGCAACGGCAGGAAGCCGUGCAAGUUCUCCCACGACAUCCAGUCUCCCCACAACGCAGCGCUGCUGGGUGAGUGUACGCUGCAGGAGCUGACGGCCGAGGAGCUGUCUGUGCUGCUGCUGCAGAAUGACCCGUCGCUGCUUCCCGAGGUGUGUGUGAAGUACAACAAGGGCUCCGGUCCCCAUGGCGACUGCAGCUUCCAGAACAGCUGCACCAAACUGCACCUGUGUCAGCACUUCCUGCAGGACGACUGCAUGUUCGGACCCCACUGCAGGCGAAGCCACGGCGUCGGCGAGCAGAGCCAGCGGAUCCUGGAGAAGCGAGGGCUGAGCAUCCAGAACCUGCCUUCCCUCUACAGGAACAUCCGCCACCUCGCCAACGCCGCCGCAGAGGAACCUGCUGCAGCUCACAAAGACGAGUCGGAGGUCAUCUGUCUGCACUUCAUCAGAGGGAGCUGCAGGUUCGACGAUGGAUGCCACCGCGUCCACUUCCACCUCCCGUACAGGUGGCAGGUGCUCGAUGACGACACCUGGACAGACCUGGAGAACAUGGAGGACGUUGAGCGAGAAUACUGCGACCCGGCGAAGACACACAGCGAACUUUGGCCUCUGGAUUUCCAGUCGAUGACGUGGGACUUGGCGCCGGUCCGCCGUCUGUCGACGAUCUCCUGGGUGACGAAGCCGGACCACUACACCCUGACCACCCAGUGGCUCUGGUACUACAAGGGGGACCACCAUAUGUGGGUGGAGUACGGACAGCCGGAGCAGAAGCGUCCCUCGCCAUCAGUGACAUCACAGACCCUGGAGAAGAAGUUCCUGUCGGACAGAACAGCCAAAGUGGAAGUGAAGAAAGGCCAAAGACAGUACGUCAUCUGCUUCAAAGAUAUGUACCAAAGGAACCCCAAACACAACACCAAGAGGAGAGUGCGCCGCCGGCCUCGCUUCGUCUCGGCGGCCGAGGUGGAGAGACUGGUGGCGGCGCGGAGUCACAUGGUCCUGCCGGACUGGAUCAGGAUCUGAUUCUGGAUCAGGAUGUGAUCCUGGUACUUCCUGACUGGAUCAGGAUCUGAUCCUGGUCCCCGGAGCUGCAGCUCUGGUGGAUCCUGCUCCUUCGGCUCCAUCAGAAACAUCUCAACAACGUUCAGGUACUGAACCUCGGGAUUGAGGUCGGUUUAAGUCGGACUUCAAGUCUGUUACUGUAUUUUUUAUAAACAUUUUGUCAGCUCCUUGACCAUCUCAUCUGUUUCUGUUACAUUUAGGCUCUUUUUAGCAUUUUUGAUCUGCAUACAGUGAAACACUGACUAGAAUUGUGUUAGCAUGCACGUUUACUGCAAAAUAGCAAAUGUAACUAGCCUAACGGCAGGUUAGCCACCAUGUAAAACCUGCUAGCUGGAGCUACGAGCAUCACGGUACAGUAAUCCCUCGCUAUAACGCGGUUCACCUUUCACGUCUCGCUGCUUCACGUGUUCUGCAUUCUGAUUGGCUAAACAGUCUCUGUGCUUCUUCACUUCCUGUGUCAAUAACGUUGGUUGCUUAGCAACAAGCUGAGAACGGCAAAUGGGCUUCAGCAGCAGCUCAAGAAUGGAACCCUUUGAUGAAUCGUUCAUUAGAGUUCUCAGAUAUAUAAUCAAUGGUGGCAUGUUGGUUUAUGAGAAGAAAAAAGAGCGACAACAACUACCCAUAACUACUGUAUGUUCUUCUUUGGAAAAACACACCUGCACAGCGGGCUUUCAGUCACAAUUUGUCCUACUGUAAUUAUUAGAGAUGCACCGAUCAGGAUUUUGAGGGCCGGUCACCGAUCACAGUGUGAAAUCCAUAAAUUCGUCAAUAGUGUUGUCUCAUGUACAACACUGACAUUGUAUUAUUAGGUAUCAAAAUUAAGAGAUGAGAAAGUAUCAUGAAUUGACUUUUUUUUUAUUGCAGGCUGAGGCAAUAUGCAAUAUUUAUACUCUCUUAGAGUUGAUACAAGUUGUAAACUAUAAACCUUAGUUUUCCUGAGGAAAAAUGAAUGAAAUCUUAAAAUAAAAAAUGAAUUAUGAAUGAUCAAGCUUUGUGAAAGUUUUAGCGAUAGCAUCUGCAGCAUGUGAGGAAACUCUUGUGAGUGAAGCAAAACUCUUCACACUAGAACUCCAAAUGUCACUCGUGAAGCGACUGACACGAUUGUCGUCCUGCAUGAAGCUUUGGUUGUGACUGUAUAUAGUCUGGUAAAACUCCAGCAGACAUUAAUCAGUGAAAUAUUUACGAGUCAGCAGCGCGUACCGCGGAUACAAGCUGCUAACGAUGCGUUUAAACCCGAUGCUACAACGACAAGCGUCUGACGAUCAAAGCUUAUGAAUCCAUUACCUUACGAUGUAGUUCUUUAUUUUUCUUGCUGCCGUUUAAACAUCUCUGUUACAGGUGAGUUAGCGGCAUUGCUGCACCUCCUGUUCUUUAUACAGGACUGUCUCAGAAAAUUAGACCAUUGUGAUAAAGUUCUUUAUUUUCUGUAAUGCAAUUAAAAAAACAAAAAUGUCAUACAUUCUGGAUUCAUUACAAAUCAACUGAAAUAUUUCAAGCCUUUUAUUAUUUUAAUAUUGCUGAUUAUGGCUUACAGUUUAAGAUUAAGAUUCCCAGAAUAUUCUAAUUUUUUGAGAUAGGAUAUUUGAGUUUUCUUAAGCUGUAUUACAGAAAAUAAAGGACUUUAUCACAAUAUUCUAAUUUUCUGAGACAGUCCUGUAUACUCCUUGAUGUGAGAAACUUUCAAAUGUCCUAUCAGCUUUGUUGUGUUGAAAUUCUUUUAUAACAUUCCUCCUUGGGGUGUCUCCUUUGCACACUUUGCAAACUGCAAAUUUGUUGUCCUUUUCAUACAUUGUAAAACUCCCGUACAGGCGAGGCCGGUCACGCCCCUUAGGACACCCGGGUCUGGGAUGUGGGAACACAUGCACGCGCUGGCGGCGGUUUGGUGUUGUAAACGUCAUCUGAUCGGCUGCUUUGAACUAUUAUUUUCAGAACGCCGAUCAAAACCGAUAGGGGCAUUAUCGUCCGAUACCGAUCAGUGCAUCUCUAGUACUUAUUGUAUUUUUUCCAUAAUCAUUUUUCAUUUUCUUCCCAUUCAAAUCCAAUUGCUCGGGUCGCGGUGGGGCAGUGCCGAUCUACGCAAUUUGAAGCCUUGUAUGAUAAUAAAAUAAAUAAAGGUAACUACUUCACUGAUUUCAGCUAUCACCGGUUCUUUUUUUGGAACGUAACCCCCCGAAAAACGAGGGAUUACGGUAUUAGCCCUUUACACCCGGCCAGAUCUCAGAUUGAUGUUCUCAUAUGGCAUUAAAAAGGCAUUAAAAGUCCGUCAACGAUGACGCUAGCUCGUUAUCGUGACCCUCUCUUCUGCCGUCACUUGUGCUUCAGGAACGCAGGUUAGAGUUUAUUUAGCUUCAUCUUUUCAUCCAGACUGUUUGUUUUGUUCAUUUUUUCAGCAUCAAGCAUUAGUUUUUAACUCCGUCCAGAACAUUCCCAGGGUUUAUGUUUUUAUUUUUCUCACUAUUAUUGUUCACUCUCCACCUUGGGGUCCCUUCAGCGGUUGGUUCUGCUGAAAACUUAAGUUCUGAUUGGUUUGACAAAGUUCUGUAACAAAAAAGAAAAGUCUGAGUGAGCAGAUCUGCUCAUGGCCAAACACAACGCUGAAUAAAUCACCACAGAUUUCUAGUUGAUCCUUUUAUUCCUACUAAUCAUCGUGGCAGGUUUCUAAAUUGAAAUGUUUCAUAAGUUUACGAGCCGACCGAACCGAGUACGGUGGUUUUUAGCAUUACGACUCACAUAAAGCACUUUCUGCAGCCUGUAAAAUGUUCUGUUUUAGAUCAGGGACAUUUUGAUAUUACAUUUAAAAAAGGUAGCAACCUUUUUCUGUACAUAUAUUUUAUUUUUUUAAAGAUUCUUUUAAUAAACCAUGGGAAGUUUAUUAUUUUUUUAAGCUGUUGUCAAUUUCUAAACCUUUGAUUUCUUGCUGAUAUUUCAAAAUGAGUCUUUCAUAGAUGCACUGAACUCUUGUGACCUCGCCAUCAAACUGUCAUGCUGCUUUUCAUUUGCUUCACAAUAAAUUUGACAAGAAAACAUAAA